CCUCUCUCCCUCUCUCCCUCUCUUUUAUUCCGGCGACUUGUGUCAGAAUCCGGCAGUUCAUGUCAGAACCUCAGGCGAACUUUUUAAAUUUAUAUAUACCCCUUCCCACCUCACUCCUCUUAUCUUUAGUCUUGCGGGGUCUCUCUCUUAUAGGUUCUUUUGAGUUUCUGCCUUUUCUUCUCCCCCAAGUCUCUUUAACCCAGACAGGAAAAACGGUGACUGGAGCUUCAAUCCUCUUUUUAAGAGUGAUAAGGCAGAGGAGCAGUUAAGAAUUCCAUUUUCCAUUGGUUCUGAAAGUAGUAGAGUACGAUAGCAACAACACCUCCUUUAGAUAAACAUGCGUUCCGCAUGAAAGCCUGCAACCCUUCCUAAUCUCUUACACCAUCACCAACUUUUUUUCUUCUUCAAAUCCCAAUAUCUGUUUCUUUCUCUCUGUUUAUUUAGUCCUUGAUUGCGUGGUUAUGUGAUUAUAUGAAUAGUGAUUCGUUGCCGUAGAUGUUACAUUACCAGUACAUUACCCCUGAGAUUCUCGCCGGAAAAGUUAUGGACCUCCAAUGGCAGCAGCAACAGCAACAACAACAACCUCAACAGAACUAUUUAAAUGAGACCCAAUUCAGUGAUUUCUCCCAGCAAUCUCAUCCGACGAUGCAGCAAUUUCAGGAAUUGAUUGAUAACGAUCCAACUCUUCGGGAGCUGACGAAUCGGACGAUGAAGGUCGACCCCUGUUCAGAAAAUGGGUGGCCGGAAUUGGGGAAAUACCCAAUACCCAGAACGGGGUUUGUGUCUCCCUCUCCUUCUGGGUUUGCCACUGAUUCUAUUGAGAUGAUGGGUUACUCCAUUUCCAGGACUGCAAGCUCUCCACCGUCUGUGGCAGAGGAGAAAGGGAGAGAAUCGGUUUUAACGGCUUCGUCACUUGGGAGAGAGAGCUUCAAGAAGAGGAAAAUGGAUAAGGCACACAACUCAAAGGUUGCCGCAGAGGACAACAAAGAAAAAAGGGCCAAAGGAGAUGAAGAGGAGGAAUCUAAGAUCACAGAGCAAAACAACACCUCUACCACCACCACUGCUGCUGCUAACAAUAACAACUCUGAAACUUCUGGCGAUACUUCAAAAGAGAAUUCAAAGGUAUCUGAGGUUCAAAAACCAGAUUACAUUCAUGUCCGAGCACGUCGUGGUCAGGCCACAGAUAGCCACAGCUUAGCAGAAAGAGUGAGAAGGGAAAAGAUCAGUGAGAGGAUGAAGUAUUUGCAAGAUUUAGUUCCUGGGUGCAACAAGAUCACAGGAAAGGCUGGAAUGCUCGACGAAAUCAUCAACUAUGUGCAAUCUUUGCAGAGACAAGUAGAGUUCUUGUCCAUGAAACUUGCUGUUGUGAAUCCAAGGCUUGAUUUCAACGUGGACAACUUCUUCACAAAAGAGCAGAUGUUUCCUGCUUCCACUACUAGUUUUCCAGUGGGGAUAUCUUCAGAACUUGCAAAUCCAGCCUACCUUCAGUUCAAUAAUCCAGUACAGCAAGUGGUAACAUGUUGUGGGUUGGAUAUGGCAAUAAAUCCUCCUGAAAUGACAAUUCGAAGAACCACGAGCGCUCCUGUGUCUAUGCCGGAAUCCUUUUUAGAUUCAUCCUGCUUCAAUCAGGUUCAACCCUCUUCUUCUACUUGGGAGACUGAUUUACAAGGCCUCUAUAAUGUGGAAUCUUAUCAAGGAAGAUCAACUCUUUUCCCAUCCCAACCAUUAUCAGGCACCUUGGAAGCUGCUACCAUUCUAAAGAUGGAGAUGUGAUCUAUGGAUAAUCAUCAUUCAUAGAUAUAUUAGGUGGAGAAGCAGAUUAACAUAUAAUAGUUUAUUUAUACACCCAAAUCCUCAAGUCUCCACCAGGUCCCCUGAUUCUUUUCCACUUUCUCUUUUUCUUCUCCUUGUUUUCUUUUCCUCCCAGCUUUUUAAUGAUAAUUAAGCAGGAUAUAUAUGUACCAUUGUAUGUAUUUAUGUAUAAUUGCAGCAGUUUAGUAAUAAUAAUUGUGAUCUUAUACAUUAUUAA